AUGACAGACCGGAGACGCAGCAGCGUCGUGCAAGUUGAACGUGCCAACGAUGGCGUCGCACGUAUCAACGAUGAAUCCAUCAGGAAGCUCAGCAUUAUCAACCCCCAAGUCGUCCAGGAAUUCGAAGAGGCCAAAAAGGCUGUCGAGAAGGAACAUGAACUUACCGUUCGCGACGCCCUGAAGCUAUACCCCAAGGCCAUCAUAUUCUCUAUCAUCUUCUCCAGCGCCGUCAUCAUGGAAGGUUACGAUCUGAGCUUGAUGGGUUCGUUCUUUGGGUUUCCACCUUUUAGGAACUUCUAUGGGACUGAAGACAACCCGGAUGGAGGGCGUAAUAUCGGCGCAGCAUGGCAGUCGGGCAUCCAGAACGGUGUCCAAGUUGGCAGCAUCAUCGGCCUCUGGCUCAACGGUAUCAUUUCAGACAGAUUCGGUUAUCGCAAGACCAUGCUCGUUUCGCUCGUCCUAAUGAUCGCUUUCAUUUUCCUACCCUUCUUCGCCCAAAACAUUCAGACGAUUCUUGCGGGCGCCAUUCUAUGCGGUCUGCCCUGGGGUGUAUUCCAGACCAUUACCGUGACAUAUGCUUCCGAUGUUACUCCAGUGGUUCUCCGACCUUACCUGACUUCAUACGUCAACCUGUGUUGGGUGUUUGGUCAAUUCAUUGCGGCCGGCGUGCUCCGUGGUUUCUUGAACCGGGACGAUCAAUGGGCGUACCGUGUGCCUUUCGCAAUCCAGUGGAUCUGGCCACCCAUCAUUCUGGUCGGUGUCAUUCUAGCUCCUGAGAGCCCUUGGUGGCUCGUUCGCCACGGCAAGCUCGAUGAGGCGCGUAAAGCGCUUUUAAGCCUUACCAAGGCGUCAAGCGGAGUCCCCUUUGAUGUCGACAAGCAGGUCGCCAUGAUCAACGCCACCAACGAGCUCGAGAAGGCCAUGUCCGAAGGUACAAGCUACUGGAAUCUUUUCAAGGGGAUCGAUCGUCGCCGGACGGAGAUCACAAGUAUGGUGUGGAUAACCCAAGCGUUCUGCGGCGCUGCGCUGAUGGGCUUCUCCGUCCAAUUCUACGAGCGCGCCGGAUUAGAUUCGGAGAACUCGUUCAACUUCAACCUUGGACAAUACGCCAUGGGCGCCGUGGGGACAGUCGGUUCGUGGUUUUUGAUGCCUCAUUUCGGCCGUCGGACCUUGUACCUGUGGGGAUUGGUAAUCCUCUUCGCGCUGCUGAUGAUUGUCGGUGGCAUGGGCGUGGCCGGCACCUCCAGAGGGCCAUCCCUGGCCGCAGGAACCCUCCUCAUGAUCUACACGUUUGUAUACGACUUCACGAUCGGACCCGUCUGCUACGCCCUUGUGGCCGACAUUCCUUCGACUCGGCUGAAGAUCAAGACGGUGGUGUUGGCACGCAACUUGUACAACGUCGGCGGCAUCAUCAACAAUACACUUAUGCCGCGGAUGCUGCUGAACACCGAGUGGAACUGGGGUGCCAAGACGGGGUUCUUCUGGGCCGGUGCAUGUGCCUUGCUGUUCGUGUACAUGUACUUCCGCCUGCCGGAGCCAAAGGGUCGCACCUAUGGUGAGAUGGACGUCUUGUUCGAGAACAAAGUCAGCGCCAGGAAGUUCCGCACUGCCAACGUCGAUCAGUUCGCCGGACACUCGACGGAGCUUGUUGAGGAUUCCAGCGACGGUGAGAAGAACAGCAGCCGCCAGGUGGAGUCUGCUUAA